AUGAAAAUUAUGACUCGCAGUACAGCACAGACCCAUUUGCAAGGGAUACUUUCUUGCCGUUUAAGACCAACACUGCCACUUACUAGCAUUACGACUUGUUAGAUGCGCCUGCAGGGCAUGGAAAUCUACCAUUGGAGAGGAAUGGUGUCACGGUAUUGGUAAGAUCCGCGUUGUCGUCAAGUCCCAAUUUAACUUACUUGACUCACCACUGCAGUGCAUCAGCAUCGGUGUUUUAGACGAAUCUAAUGGCUUGGACGCACUUACUUUCCAAUCUCUGCCCCGGGGCUAGGUCAGGAGUCAUUGGCAAAAGCAUGCCUUUUCCAGAUAUGAAAAUGACUAUGGAUCUUAGACUAGAGCAGAUCCAACUUUGAGCGGAUGCCAAGUUUCAUUGAUACCUUAGAGCACAUCAGAUAUCCCAGUCUAUGGCUUCAAUGAUGUCACUUGUGAGAGCCUUGGAAAAUUACUAGAUAUAUAUCGAAGCUAACUAGCCUCUGGAUGCUGUCAGGAUCCACAAAGUAGAAGAGCCUGAAGAAGAGUGGAAAGGAAGGCUGAAGUCUCUGAGAUGUUUGCGCCUUUCUUUGAAGGAGUGGAGAGGUUGAGCCUUACUGCCCUAAGAAGAACCUCGGUUAUUCACCGGCACGCGAGUCUAAGAUCCAUCUGAAUCAGUAGAUUUAGAUGUCCAACUUCACAGCUCUAGUUCUUUCCCACGAUCUAAAUCAUCCCGUUAUUCCUCAAACAAUUGAUAAUUGGCGGUUAGCUUGUACUAAAGCUUCCUCUAAUAUCAAUGUGGACCUUAUCUCAGCAAUUGCUAUUACUGCAUACCAUGAUGUCUAUACAUAGCUGUCUUGUUACCAUUAAUUGGCCACUACUGAUGAUUAGCCGGCAUUUCGAUAUUCCUGAUGUUCACUUUGUGGAAGGAACUGAGUUCUCUGUAAUUUUUUUUUUUUGGUUUAUGUUUUGUUUUGUUUUUAUCUGCUUCUGUUGAGUUUCCAAUGUGAACUAGUCCAAUUGAAGCUUGGCUCUCCUCACCAUUUGCUACUGCGGUCUUUAACAUCAAUUGACUCUCUCAGGGGUUGAUCCAACUGCGCGCGCCAAAAAGCGAUCAGUGUCUAAGUUCUUUGCAGGAAAAGAUGGAUGAUCGGCUACACGGCGCUGCUGAAAGAGGAGAUAUUGAAAUGUUGUAUAUAUUACUUCGAGAAAAUCCUCACAUUUUGGAUCCGAUAGAUAUGGUACCGUUCGUGGAUACCCCUCUCCAUAUAGCUGCUUCAUCCGGUGACCAUAAGAGGGCCUACUCAUCCCAUGGGAGGGCUGAGUUCAUCGUGGAGAUGGCCGUCCUAAAGCCAUCGUUUGCCAGGAAGCUGAAUCCUGAGGGUCACACGCCAAUGCACUUGGCCUUGCUAAAUGGGCAUUGGAAGACAGUGAGGGCACUGAUGACACUUGAUGCUGAGCUGAUUCGAGUCAGAGGCAGGGGCGGUAAGACUCCUCUACAUGUUGCUGCUGAAGUUGCUCCUACCGAGCUGCUGGCCGAACUCCUGUAUGUUUGCCCUACAUCAGUUGAAGAUGUGACAGCGCAAUGGCAGACUGCCGUGCACAUUGCCGUGGAAGCAAAAAAUUUCGAGUCGUUUGCAGUUCUUCUUGGAUGGCUGUUUAGAGUUGAAAGGGAAAACUUGCUGAAUUGGAAGGAUAUGGAUGGUAACACCACAUUGCAUAUUGCAACACGAACAAAUCAGAUUCAGGUGGUGAAGAGGCUCGUGAAGCAUAUCAACGAUGACAUCAAGAACUUCAUUGGGGAGACAGCGCUAGCCAUCCAUGAAAAGGACAACGGGCUACAUCGUAGUGAAGAAAUUGGGAGGCUUCUACGAGAAGCAAAGAUGGGACAUUUUGUAUUUCCUCUGUAUCGGAAGGGAUGGUAUCUGACAGGAAAAUUUAGACUCGGGGAGUACCUUAGGCAUGAACUCCCUGAGCUCGAACUGUGGAAGAGAAGAAUCAAGCGUACCUUCGGCAACACAGCAAUAGGAAAUGCAAGAUCCAGGGAAGUGAUUGUAGUGAUAGCUAUAUUAGUAGCCACAGCCACGUAUCAAGGCAUUCUAAACCCACCGGGGGGAUUCUGGCAGGACUCCGGUACUACUGAUAUGGUGGUGAAUAUAAGUAGUAACACUGCAGAGCACUCGGCCGGACAGAUGGUCAUGAAUGGUGCAUCGCUUUCUAAUUAUAUCUUGUUAAACAGCAUUGCCUUUGCGGUCUCUGUAUGCCUGAUCAUUGCCUGCAUGCCGGCAGAUAUUCUAUUCGGCACAUACCUUAUGAUAACCAUGACUCUACUUCUGUACACCUAUCAAUAUGCAUUAAGUAGCAUCCUCCCCCCGGAACACAGCCAAAUGGAACUUAGGGUAGAGAUUUAUAUAGUAUACGCUAGCAUCGUUGCAGCGGCGAUUGUCAUCUUCCGGAUCUUGAGUUCUCAGAAUUCAUUUGCCGUUCUUAAGCUGGACACAGCAGAGAGAGGACAUCGAGGGCAGCUUGUGGGAUCCGAUGAGGAUGAGAACAGAAGAAGCAAUCAGCAUGGCAGCUGAAUUCGAACUGCUCAUCCUGAAGGCGUGACAUCUCAGGCACCUGAAGAUCCAUAACUUCAUUCUUGUCCCAAAACAGCUUGAUCCAUAAAGGUCCUGGAAUGAUCUCUGGGUACAUCAGGGCACGUGGCUGAUGAGUAGUUGUCAUCAAGCUUAACCCGAAGUUCCACCAGUUUCCAGUACAGUUGUUUAUUUGUUUCCUUUACUUUUGAGAAGUUGCUAUAAUAAUUGGCUGAUGAACUGUAUGGGAGUGACGCUCUCCGUGAUUACCUCAUAAGCGAAAUUCCGCACAAUGUCUGUUUGUUAGGAUACUAGUGUAAGUUCAUAUGCGUUGGCCCCCUAACUCAAGUUGUAAAUUCCUGAGUUAAGCUUGCGAUCCCUUGGAGCACAUCAUAUAUCUCUCUCUGUCUGAAAAUUGCAGAAUCAAGAAACCCCCAAUCUCGAUUUGCAAUUUGCAAAGACCACAAGUUCUAUGGCUCGACAACAUCAGCUCCGUCGUGUUAAAUCGGGCCUACAAGUAUUUUAAGUUUUCUUUCUCGUCGAC